AACAAAAUGACCCCUGGACUAGUGCAUUAGUUGCCAUGGCAACACAACACAGUCCUCAUUGUACCUAAUUUUGCCUCAUCCCGCCCACCAGCAACUCCCCAAAUUUUGGAUGGUACCCUGUUCCUGUGCUCUGAGAGUUGGCAGUAUCCAAACCUUGGUUGGAGGCCAGUUGGCUUUUGUUGGAAGAAGCAAAUCAGGAUGUUGACUGUUCUGUUGUCAUGGUUUCAUCUACCGGUACCUGGGAGAAAUCUGAAAUGGCUGUGCAAUUGGCUGUUGCUAUUCAACUUGCAGUCACAUGCUAGUAACAGGUGUUUUGUUGAUAGUAACCUGUUAGGCUUUAUAAGCGGUCUGUAUCUUUGAAAUUUGAGUAGUUGGUGAAAACUGCUUGUGAAGAGACCUUUGCUCAAUUUGACUUUGCAGGUUUGGAGUGAUUUUGUAGCAGUGGCAAAAUAAGAACCUUGAAUACAAUCCCUUCACCUAUAUAGAAUUGAACCAGUCUCUUCCCAUUUGGCUUGAAUAUAAAUUUAUUUCCACAAAAGAGUUAGAGAUGGGGACUCGCAGCAACACCCAGCUGAAAAUCCAGAAAUUAGACACAAAACUGAAGAGCAACCUGCACAGGCACAAGACUGACGAGCUGGACGAAGUGGAUUGGUUGGUUGUCAGGCGAGGACAACCAUUCCAGCUUGACCUGACCCUGAACCGCCCAUACAACAACAGCACUGAUGUCCUUGAAUUUGACUUUCAAACAGGAAAAACCAAGAAUUUCCGGAGGGGGACGCACGUCGUUGUGUCAAUCGGUGAGCAAGACCUGCCUCUAGCCAGAGGAUGGAAGGUGCAAGUUGAUGAAGAGAAGAACAACACACUCACUGUGUCCAUCGCUGCCUCUCCUGAUGCACCGGUGGGAAAGUAUUCCCUUGCUGUGCGAACUGUAGUGAAGUCAAUCAAAGCAGAGGACUCAUUCAAGGAGCCUCGCCCAAUUUAUGUCCUCUUUAAUGCCUGGUGUGAGGAGGAUCAAGUCUACCUGGUACGGGAAGAAGAACGAAGGGAGUACGUGCUAAAUGAGAAGGGUUACAUCUGGUACGGCAACUCAAAUCAAAUUGGCAGGAUGGCCUGGGGUUUCAACCAGUUUGAAAAGGGUGUCUUUGAGGCAGUUAUGUACCUACUAGAAACUCAUGUGGGUGAAUAUGAACGUGGAAGCUCUGUCCUGGUCUCUCGUUCCAUGUCAGCUGCUGUGAAUUCCCAGGAUGAUAAUGGAGUCUUGACUGGACGUUGGGGAGGCAACUACAAGCCUCAUGUGAAUCCAUCCUUCUGGACUGGCAGCCAGCGCAUUUUGGAGGAGCAUUUCAAGACCAAAAAUCCUGUCCGUUAUGGCCAGUGCUGGGUGUUCUCUGGAGUCCUCACCACUGUGCUUCGAUGUCUUGGCAUUCCUACCAGGAGCGUCACCAACUUUGAUUCAGCCCAUGACACCAAUGACAGCCUGACCAUUGAUGUGUAUUUUGAUGAGAACAAUGAAAUAGUAAAUUCCAUGGAACACGAAAUCUGGAAUUUCCAUGUCUGGAAUGAAGCCUGGAUGAGCCGGCCAGACCUCCCACCAGGCUACGGUGGAUGGCAAGCCGUUGAUGCUACACCCCAAGAAACCAGUGGCCGUAUCUUCCGCUGUGGUCCGUGCCCUGUUAGUGCCAUCAAACAGGGCCAAGUCUACUAUCCCUAUGACACAAAAUUUGUCUUUGCAGAAGUCAAUGCAGACAUCGUUCACCUGCGGGUCAAAAGAGACGGUAAACUUCAAGUGAUAAAAUUGAAUAAAACGCAUGUGGGGAAGAAGAUAAGCACAAAAGCAUUGGGCUCAAAAGACAGGCAGGAUUUAACAUCAGAGUACAAGUACUCUGAAGGCUCCCAGGCCGAAAGAGCUGCUGUCAAAAUUGCAGCGUCGUAUGGAGCCACACCCUGGAUUUAUGACUCUCCCAAGUAUGCAGAGGAUGUACAUGUUAAGCUUGGAGUCUCAGACUUGAACAAAUACGUCGGAGAGGAUUUCAGCCUCAAAGUUCCUCUGGCCAACAAAAGCCAAGAAAAGAGAUCGGUUUCAAUCACGCUCAUCUUGCAAGUGGUGCAUUACUACGGUGUGUUGGCUGCCAAAAUCAAGAAGAUGGAUAAGAAGUUCCAACUUGGACCUGGUCAAAGUGAUCAGAUCACUAUGAGUGUUAAUGCUGAUGAGUAUCUGGACAAGAUGGUGGACCAGUCUGCAUUCAAAGUCUUCCUCCUCGGCCAUGUUGAUGAGACUGGCCAGGCCUUUGUAGAGGAGGAAAACUUCCGUCUGCGCACCCCUGACCUUGACGUCAAGCUGUUGCGUCCAGCAGCCAAAGACGUGCGUGUCGGCAUGCCUGUUGAAGUGGAGCUGAGUCUGCGAAAUCCCCUGAAGAAGAAGAAGCUGACAGCCUGUGAGGUCACCGUGGAAGGGGCAGGGCUCUUGCCUCCCCGUGUCAUGAAGCAGAAGGAUGUUGCGGUGGGCCAGACGCUCACUCUGAAGGUUGACUUCAAACCAAGGAAAGCUGGUGAACGCACUCUCAUUGCCACAUUUGAAUCGGAUCAACUCGCCCAGGUGACCGGGGAGCUGGAUUUGAAAGUCCUGAAAGCCAAGUAAUUCAGCUAGUGCCAAGACAACAGAGGGCGCUGUAUCAGACACGUUCAGAAGUGAUGAGAUUUGAUCAAACUAGUAGUUAACUCAUAGUUAAUGUGUUACAGAUGGUGGUUGAUUUUAUAAGAUUUAGUUUGAUUUGAAGAUGUAAAAUGAAGUUAUUUUUUGUUGAAGUAGGGUUUUCAAAUCUUUGUUGCAUCGCCAUGUCCUGCCUUUGCCAGUUUAGUACCCCAUUUUACUCUGGAGUUUUUACUUGAAAAACCCCAAAUUUUCCAUAAAAUGCCAACCGACAUACAGUUGACCCAAAGAUUGAAAAAUCUUCAUUUAAUUUGAACACUGUAGACCAGCAAGUGGUUUCAGGGUCAGAGAUGAAGUUGAGAUAACUAAAGUUGAUUAUGUCAGUCCUUUUCAUGAAAUCUGGGGGACAGGCUGUCUGCUCAAUGUGGUUGAAGCAACCGUUGGUAACCAGGGAUCCCACCAGCUGUCAUAAGCUGGUCUCCACUUUCCAAUUAGUUCUAACUUUGUUGACUAAUACAUGUUCAAAAAACUUAAAGCAGUUAGAUGGGAAACUGUAGAUCUCCAUGGACGAUGAUCGAGCCAAAUAAAAGUACGAGGGGGGAUCUAAAGACACAAGUUCAGUUUGGUUUUGCUAAGCCUCUGCUAAUAGGCACUUCCAGGUCAUUCUAUAUGUACCUUGAAUGGCCAUCAUAAAAUUAGUACUGAGGCAUAAGACAAUCGGGCUUAAUUUCAGAGUGCUGCUUAACAGCAAGAGGGUGUUUAAGCCUAAAGGGACUAGUUGCUGAAGUCACUAGCAUAAUCAAAGAAGUUCGGUGUAGUGUGUAGUCAUAUCCACAUCAUAAAAUAUCGCUUAGCAGCAAUAUGAGUUGAUGUUGCAGUAAGCCCAAGUUUGGUUGUUUCAUGAAAACUACUGUAGGCUGGUAGGUGGUUACAUCACACGAAUACAAACAUGUAAAUGAAAAGAUGGAGGACACAUGCAUCAAUGCACACCGCAUCCAUAUUUAUGAACAUAAAUGGUAACACUUUCGACGUCUCUCUCCCCAUCAACAACGCUGGCAUUGAAAACAAGAAUACAAUUAAACCUUGUUCUCCUCUUGACGGCUUGACAGUUAAACCUCGUUCUCCUCUUGACAGCUUGACAGUUAAACCUCGUUCUUCUCUUGACGGCUUGAAUUGAAGUAAAAAAAGGUCCUUUCAGAUCCUUUGGGGCAGAUAACAUUGUUCAAGUCUAAGUAGUGAUAAUCGUUGUUAUGCCUAUCUAUGUCUAAAAUUUACCCAGGAGUAUGUGGAUUGAAAUAAUUUUGUACACAGAUGUAUUUGCUUUACAAAAAUUCUGGAUCUGUCUCUAGAUACAUUUGUUGUUUUUAUGACUGAGUAUUAAGCCAAGAUGUUUUGCUAUAAACAUUACCAAAUGAAGUUAAAUGUCCAGUUUUUAGGAAUCGGUGUCAUAAUAAUUGCAAGAUAUUACUGAGAAGCUUUGUAAAGGCUUGGUGUUCAAAAAGCACACCGCAACAUUAUUGAAAAAGAAUUUGAGCUUGUUCAAGUCUGAGUAAUGAAUGCAGGUUCAGUUUCCACAUUAUGAGUCGUCAUCCACUUUUGUGUCCACACGGAAUAUUUCCUAAAAGUAACUAGCAGGAUAUAUGCAUGUAUUAGUGGAAUCAGCUGUGUAGAUCACUCGUAGAGUGGACAGUUUUGUCUGGAGCAAGACUAAUUAAGCUGAGCUUUUGUACUCAAAAGGGGAGGAAGUUUGUCCUUCAAGUCAUGUGAACUCAUUACAAGAUGUUGUCAUACUCAGUUAAAAGCAUAAAAAAUUAUGUAGGAGUUUGAAAAUCUGCAUAAUGCUGGAAUUGUUGUUAUGGUUAUUGAUUGCUAGAAUGUACUUUCAAGUGUGUGGAUUGAAAAAAUUUGUACACAUACAUAAUUGUUUUAUUGUAGCAAAAAAAUAUGCAUCCACCUCUGGAUACAGUUGUUUUAUAACUGAAAUUGAGCCAAGAUGUUCUGCUCUGAAUAUUACCAAAUGUUAAGGUGUCUAAUUUCAAAACUUAGUGUCAUGUUGAUUGAAGGUAUUAUUAAAAAACUUUUGAAAGUUUUGGUGUGUAAAAACUACACUGCAGUGAUAUUGAGAAAAAUAGCUUGUCAAAAACAGAAGAAUCAGUGAAGGUUCAGUCUGAAAAUUACUGGUUAUCAUCCACUUUUCAUCCUCGAGUACUAUUGCUUUAAAGCAACCAACAGGUUAUAUGAAAAAUAUCUGAAACUAUUUGUGUAGAUCACCCAUUAGGUGGACAACUUUGUCAGGAGCAACACAAGGCUCAGCUUUUUUUCUCAAAAGGGAGGAACUGUUUUUGUUUGUGUGUGAACUUGUUACAAGAUGUUGUCAUACUCAGUCAAAAUAUAAAAAAUAAACUUGAAGUGUGAAAAUCUGCAAAAUGCUGGAAUUGUUAUGGCUGUCGAUUGCUUAAAUGUACCUUCUCAUGGGUGGAUUGAAAUAAGUUUUACAGAGCUAUAAUUAUAUAAUUCUAGCAAAAAAAUUUCGAUCUGCCCAUAGAUACUGUUUUAUAAGUGAAAUGAGCUAAGAUGUUCGUUUAUAAAUAUUAUCGCACAAUAUCCUUUAU